AUGUCAUUUUCAAUUGUUCAAGACGAUCUCGAGGUGUUAAGAAAAAAGGACUUCCUCAUUUACCUUUUUGGUGAAGGUAUCACCCAUUCCAAGGCGCCAUUGAUGCAGAAUUACCUAUUCAAAAAAUUGGGUUGUGACGGGUUUGUAUACGAGUGCUUGGAUUCUUAUGGUUUGGAGGAAUUCGUGAAACUCAUCAAGUCUAACAAGAAUGCUACCUCGUGGAAAGAUGUCAAUUACAUCGGUUCCGCCGUCACGAUGCCAUACAAGGUAGCUAUAAUUCCUCACUUGGAUGAGAUUGACGAAAAUGCACGCUCCGUUGGAGCUGUUAAUACCAUUUAUGUGAGGUUCAAGAACGGCAAGGCAAUCAACAUUGGUACAAACACAGACACUGUGGGUAUUAGGGACGCCUUCUUGUUUAACACUCCAGUGGCCGCUGCUAAUGCCAAAGGCAAGCCCGGCUUGGUAUAUGGUGGAGGAGGUGCCUCCCGUUCGGCUGUCUAUGCUUUGAAGGAAUAUCUCGGAUGUUCGAAGAUUUAUAUGGUGAACAGGUAUGCCUCUGAGGUGAAUCAAAUUCAGGAAGAAAUGGCUGCGAAUGGGUUCACUGGUGAAAUUAUCCACGUUGCAACACCAGAACAAGCCAAGGAAAUGGAAUCUCCAUACCUUUUAGUUUUGGCUGUGCCGGACUUUCCUUCUGUUUCCGACGAGGAAAUCUUGGCCCGGGCAACGUUGGAUGUCUUUAUCAACCAGGAGGAGAAAGGUGCAGUCAUUGAGAUGUGUUACCAUCCAACACAAAUCACUAGACUUUACAAGGCCUUCCAUGCCGCAGGUUGGGACGUGAUUGGUGGUAUCGAACCUAUGAUUUACCAAGGUUUUGCCCAGCAGGUAUUGUGGACUGGAUAUGCGUUAGAUGAGAUGCCAACCAAAGAGGUUGUCGAUUAUGUGCGUGAAACUAUCGAGGAGCCUUGUUUGAGGCAUGAUAUCGUCGAUGCUACCAAGCUUUAA